AUGGCACCACCUAAUGUCCUGAAUAUUGCUGGAAGGGUGUAUAGCAUCACCGGCGGCGCAUCGGGCAUCGGACUGGCCACGGCGCAUCUAUUGGCUCGCGAAGGGGCCGCCGCCAUCUGGAUCGCAGACGUGCAGACAGAUCUAUUCGACAAGGUCCGCGCGGAAUUGAACGACACAAACAAGGACACCAAGAUUUAUCUCGACAAGAUCGACGUCGGCGACAGCGCCCAAGUCGACCAAUGGGUGCAGCGCAUCGUCGAGGAGUCGGGCGGCAUCCACGGCUCCGCCAACGUGGCGGGCGGCGGGGAUCCGAUGCCCCCCAUGGGCGGCGAGGUGCCGGCUCUCUUGAGCUUGACGGACGACGCGUGGCGGCGCAUCUUUAGGCUCAACGCCGACGGCACCAUGUACUGCACCAGAGCGCAGGUCCGGGCCAUGGUGAAGAUGGACAAGGGCAGCCACCCGGCCAUCGUCAACGUCGGCAGCAUAGCCUCCCUCGUCCCUGGCGCUGGGGGGUAUGCCUACGGGGCGAGCAAGGUCGCGUGUGAUUAUUUCAGCCAGAACGUCGCCAAGGACAUCUUUCCGACCGGCCUGAGGAUAAACUGUGUACUGCCAGGAAUGACCUUGACACCCUUGUUGCAAAGUACGAUGGGUCCGAAUCCCGCCGAGAAGUUCCAAGGGAACACCGCCAUUGAUGCGAGCAAAAUGAGCCUUAUCUCCGCAGAGGAUGUAGCUAGGACGAUUGUUUGGCUGAUGAGCGAGCAUUCUUUGACGGUGAACGGUGCUAGUGUGACGGUCGGUCAGGGGAGACCAUAG